GCCCACCUUUGUCACAUGAGCCAAUACUUUGUUGCUGAUUCAGGGUCGCAAUGUCGACCGGCUAAGUGCUUGUUUUUCCUUUUAUUUAUCGCCGUUUUAAAGCAAUUCUUGUCACGUGUCUUUUAUUUUACUUCUCCAACACAAACAAUGGCCUUCGGAAGGAAAACGGGAAGUAUUCUAGCGACUACACUUUCGCUACUUCUUCCUGCUGUCAUCUGCACUGUCAAGAUCAAACCCCUGGUGUUUGAGGAUCAGCUGUUAUGGGUGAGCGGAGUGGAGGGGGAGGUGAACACCUACAGGAUCCCUCUGAUCACCUUUACCACCAUGGGAAGUCUGCUGGCUUUCGCCGAGGGUAGGAAGUCUUCAUCCAGUGACGAGGGAGCAAAGUUCAUCGCGAUGCGGCGGUCUAUUGACAAAGGAUCCACGUGGUCACCAACCAGCUUCAUUGUUGACGACGGACUUGACCGGGACGGCCUUAACCUAGGCUCGGUGGUUGUAGACCAGGAAGUGGGCUCGGUUAUCCUGGUCUAUACUAUCUGCUUUCACCUGGAUAAUUGUAAUCCCGCUAGUACCAUGAUGGUAGAAAGCAAGGAUGACGGCCUGAGCUGGAGUCAACCCAGAAACCUCUCGGUCCAGCUUGGAGUCAAAAAUUUUGCUCCUGGACCAGGUUCUGGCAUCCAGAAGCGUUAUGAGCCAAACCAAGGAAGGUUGGUGGUUUGCGGUCAUGGAACGAUAGAAGGGGAUGGUGUAUUUUGCAUCCUGAGUGAUGACCAUGGGGACACAUGGUUUAACGGCGCAGCGCUGAAAAGCAUCCCUUACAACCAGAAAAAGAGGCCGCUGGACUUUAAUCCUGAUGAAUGCCAGCCAUUUGAAAUGACCGAUGGGAGCAUUGUCAUCAAUGUGCGAAACCAGAACAACUACCACUGCAGGUGUCGCGUGGUGGUGCGAAGCCGGGAUGGCGGAAUGUCACUGCCCAUAGAUGACCUGUAUUUCGACUACGAGCUGGUGGAUCCGGCGGUAGCAGCUGGGGCCUUUCAGAAAGAGGGGGUGCUCUUCUUCACCAACCCCUCCAACGCACAACAUAGGAUUAACCUGACCUUACGUUGGUCAGAGACUGACGGUUUGUUCUGGGAGAAAGAGGCUCUCCAGAUAUGGUCUGGCCCAAGCGGUUACUCCUGUAUUACCUCACUGGAUAGUGGCUCUGCAGACGACCGGAAACACAUUUUCGUCAUUUACGAAAAGGGCCACGAAAACUACUGGGAAACCAUAUCUUUUGCAAAGAUCCACCUUUACGGAGGCCAUUGAAGCACAUGAAUCGGAGGGUUUGACCACCGGAGUAAAAAUGGAAAAACAUUCUCAGGAAGGGACAUAAGUGACUUUUUUUUUCUGUAACUGCAGAAUGUAAAAUAUCUGAAAUGUGAACCUAUGCUUUAUGAUAAUUGUUUACUUGCUUUUAUUUUUUUAUUCAACAAAGAAUAUUAAGACUGAACAAUUUCAGAUGAAAGUAAAUGUGUAUAAGCUUACACAUGGGUGUCGAUUUCGGGGUGAUCACCCAAAAUAAUACAAAUUCGCAGAGGAUGUAUGCGAACAUUAUAUGGCAAACACUUUCUGUUUCUACUAUCAAACUGUAUUUGAGUUUUAAGAUGUGCGUAAGUUAAGCAGGAUGAAACGAGGCUUUGAUUUGAAGGACUUUUAUCAGAAGACUGGGAUCUUACAGUAUGUACAGUGUACAUUUUGUUUCAGGUUUUGCCUGUAUUUGUCCAAAAAUGUUCUUAAUUUUUUUUUGAUCUGAACAAUUUCUUCAGAAAAUGUCAAAUACACCGCUGACCAAAAGUAUUGACAUACCUGCAAUUUUGUCAGAUAAUGCUCAAUUUCUCCCAGAUAAUGAUUGCAAUUACAAAUGCGUUGGUAAUAAUAUCUUCAUUUAUUUUGCUUGCAAUGAAAAAAACACAAAAGAGAAUGACAUUUUUUAAAAAUCAUUAUCAUUUGACACAAAACUCCGGACAAACGUAUUGGCACCCUCAGCCUAAUACUUGGUAGCACAACCUUUAGACGAAAUAACUGCGAACAACCACUUCCAGUAUCCAUCAGUGAGUUUCUUACAAUGCUCUGCUGGAAUUUUAGGCCAUUCUUCUUUGGCCAACUGCUCCAGGUCUCUGAGAUUUGAAGGGUGCCUUAUUCAAACUGCCAUUUUCAGAUUUCUCCACAUGUGUUUUAUGAGAUUCAGGUCUGGACUAAUUUUUAAGUCUCCAAUGCUUUCUCUCAAACCAUUUUGUAGUGCUUUUUGAAGUGUGUUUUGGGUUAUUGUCCUGCUGGAAGACCCAUGAGCUCUGAGGGAGACCCAGCUUUCUCACACAAAAUUUGUUGGUAGCCUCCAGACUUCAUAAUGCCAUGCACACGGUCAAGCAGUCCAGUGCCAGAAGCAGCAAAGCAACCCCAAAACAUCAGGGAACCUCCACCAUGUUUGACUGUGGGGACCCUGUUCUUUUCUUUGGAGGCCUCGUUUUUUUUCUUGUAAACCAGGGGUCCUCAAACUUGAGGGCCACAUAACUUUUCCCUUCUCUGAUGAGGGGCCGGGUCAGUUUGUAACAGAAAAAGUGUGACGAUUGCAGGAGUGCCUAAAUGUAAAAAUGUAUUGUUUUUCAGAAGCCAAAAUCAAAUAACCCUUUCUGGAUUCUUCGUGGAACAAAAGUAAGUAAAAUAAAAAUAAUAAUAUAUCUGGAUUCUUCGUGGAACAAAAGUAAAUAAAAUAAAAAUAAUAUAAUAAUAUAAUAUAAUAUAAUAUAAUAUGAUGUAAUAUAAUAAUACCACUAUUAAUGAAAUAGAUAAUAAACGAAUAAACCUCUCUGGGUUCUUCACAGAAAAAAGCCAGGAAAUAAAUAACACUAUGGUAAGAAAAAAAGAAAAAACAUUAUUCAGGGGGCCGGACCAAAUGUGGCGGCGGGCCGUAUCCAGCCCGCGGGCCGUAGUUUAGGGACCCCUGUUGUAAACUCUAUGUUGAGUCCUUUUCCCAAUAAGCUCUACUUUUGUCUCAUCUGACCAAGGAACAUUCUUCCAAAACGUUUUCUCAGGUAAGUUUUGCCAAACUCCAACCUGGCUUUUGUAUGUGUCUGGGUCAGAGGUGAGGUCUUCCUGGGUAUCCUACAAUAGAGUCCCUUUUCAUUCAGACAUCGACAGAUAGUACGGGUUGACACUGUUGUACGUUCGGACUACAGGACAGCUUGAACUUGUUUGGUUGUUAGUCGGGAUUCUUUAUCCGACAUCUGCACAAUCUUUCGUUGAAAUCUCUCGUCAAUUUUGCCUUUCUGUCCACAUCUAGGGAGGUUAGCCACAGUGCCAUUGGUUUUACACAUAUUGAUAACACUGCGCACGGUAGACACAGGAACGUUCAGGUCUUGGGAGAUGUACUUGUAACCUUGAGAUUGCCCAUGCUUCCUCACAUUUUUGCUUCUCAAGUCCUCAGACAGUUCUUUGGUCUUCUUUCUUUUUUCCAUGCUCAAUGUGGUACACAUAAGGACAAAGGGUAGAGGUUGAGUCGACUUUAAUCCAUUUUAACUGGCUGCAAGUGUGAUUUAGUUGUUGCCAACACCUGUAAUGCAUGCCACAGGUAAGUAACAGGUGCUGCAAAUUACACAAAUUAGAGAAGCAUCACGAUUUUUCUUUUUGUGAGUUUUGUGUAAAAUGAUAAUGAUUUAAUUGUGUUUCCAUUCUUUUUGGGUUUUUUUCAUUGCAAGCAUAAUAAGUAAAGAUAUUACUACUGAAGCAUUUGUAAUUGCAAUCAUUUUCUGGAAGAAAUUGAGCAUUAUCUGACAGAAUUGCAGGGGUGCCAAUACUUUUUGCAAGCAGUGUCAUACUCAUGAACUGUAUUGUACUUUGAAAUAUUCGUUUGAGUACAAUAGUUGGCUUCGAACCAUGGCUAUAAUUUUAAAAGUGUGUACGUGUGAGAGAACGAUGGAGACAUGGAAGCCACUCCUACUCAUGAUGCAAUCAUUGUGUGAGAAAUUUGUAUUUACAUUUUAUCAUCUUUGCUCUUUUUGGAUUUGCAGUAACGAAAUAGAGUCAAUUUUAUGGACUAUUUUCAAACACUUGUCAUCAACAUUAAGAAUAAAUAAAUUGCUGCCAAAUUAUUUGCGUUUGUCGUUUUGUUUUUUUCCAGCCUUAUAUACGAAAUUGUAUAUAUGACGUCAUGUAGUGGAAAGCGUUGACUUGUCAGUGUUUUGAUUAUAUGUUAAGUUAACAACCGUCUUUGUGCUUGAAAGGCUUACGCAAAUAACCUUGUUUACAUGCAA